AUGGCUUCAAGGUUACUUCGCGGAGCUGGAGCGCUGGCCGCGCAGGCCUUGAGGGCUUGCGGUCCCAAUGGUGCGGCCGCGGUGCGCUCCAUGGCCUCUCCAGGUGGUGUUCCUAGUGAUGACCACCAGGUGGCUGGGUUGGAGAGGGAGAUCAUGUUGUCUGCAAGAAAGGGACUGGACCCAUACAAUAUACUGCCCCCAAAGGGAGCUUCAGGCACUAAGGAAGACCCUAAUUUAGUUCCUUCUGUCACCAACAAGAGAACAGUGGGCUCUAUUUGUGAAGAGGAGAACAGUACCGUCAUCUGGUUUUGGUUGCACAAAGGCGAGGCCCAGCGAUGCCCUAGCUGUGGAGCCUAUUACAAGCCUUUUUUUUUUUUUUUUACACAGGAUAAAAAGGAUAAAAGAAAUAAUAUGAAAACAGGAGUUACAAUACUGUGUUGCACAUAG